UUAUUUAUAAUUCAUUAUGAUGAUUAACAUGUCAGCAUAUUAUAUCUUAUUUGGAGUGAGGCGAGAACCAAAAUCCAUAGAGUACAAAAAUUGCGAGAGACCUUGUCACACACACAUAUCUUCAUCAUAGGAUUGAUUCAAGACAAAUCCUGCAUGAACUCUAUGAGACAAAAAAAUGAUCAUGUUUAACUACAGUAAAACCCUCAAUCGCUCAAAUGAUUACUGGAGUCUUACUGAAAGUGAUCCUUUCCUCUUUUGCUAUCCCACAAUGAAAGUUUUUUUUUUUUUAAUGAUUGUUAAAAUUAGAAUGGAUUUAUAGAGAAGAAAAAUACAGUGAUUAAUAAAUAUUAUAACUUUGUAUAGGGAAGUUUUCUGCUGACUCAUUCACUUAAUCAUAGGACCCUCCCCAUCUUCUCCCCCCCUCCUCUCUUCUUCCCAACUCUCUUUCUGCUUCUCUCUCCAUUUCACAGUCCAGCUCUUCUCUUCUCUUCUCUUCCACCAUUGUGGAACGUUUUUUUGGUAUCUUUGGACCUGGAAAAAACCUCCAGCUCAAAAAUCGACUUGUGUUCUCCUACAGAUUCUGUCAUCCAGGCAGUGCCAAGAUGUCAUCCUUUCUCCUUAUGCUUCUGCUCAGUCAUUGUGCUGCCUUGCCCUUCCACAACAUGGACUUCCUGGAUUUCAUGAUGGAAGAUGAAGCAGGCUCUGGGGUAACAGAUAGUAUUUCAAAUACUGUACCCAUCUUUCACCACCUUGCAGAGGAACCCACCUGCCCCUUCAGAUGCCAGUGCCAUGGCACGGUGACACAGUGCUCCGACUUAGGCUUGGAAAUUGUCCCAGCUGAAAUCUCAGCAGACACAACUUGGCUUGACCUGCAAAACAAUAAAAUCACAGAAAUAAAAGAAAAUGACUUCAAAAACCUCAAGAGACUACAUCUCCUGAUUCUUGUGAACAACCUGAUCACCACCAUCCACCCCAAAGCCUUCGUGCCCCUUGGCCAGCUGGAGAGACUUUACCUGUCCAAAAACCUGCUGAAGGAGAUGCCGGUAAACAUACCCAAGAGUCUGCAGGAGCUGCGCAUCCAUGAGAAUAAAAUCACGAAGAUCAAGAAGAGCUCCUUCCAGGGCAUGACAGAGGUCAUCGUCAUGGAGCUUGGCAGCAACCCACUGACCAGCUCAGGGAUUGACAGCGGUACAUUUGCAGAGCUGAAGAAAGUGUCCUACAUCCGCAUCGCAGACACCAACCUGACAGAGAUCCCCAAAGGCCUUCCAAGUUCACUCUCCGAGCUACAUCUAGACGGGAACAAGAUCAGCAAAGUGCAUGCAGACAGCCUCAAAGGCCUUGUAAACCUGACCAAAUUUGGUCUCAGUCAUAAUGAGAUCAGCGUUGUGGAGAAUGACACCCUUGCCAUGGUUCCUUUCCUCCAUGAGCUCCAUCUGGACGAUAAUUUUUUAACUAAGGUUCCUCCAGGUCUUUCGGACCACAAAAAUAUCAAGGUCAUCUACCUUCAUAGCAACAAGAUAACAAUGGUUGGUACAGAUGACUUCUGCCCUCUUAACUACAAUGCCAAGAAGGCCACGUACUCUGCUAUUAGCCUCUUCAACAACCCUGUGCACUACUGGGAGGUGCAACCCCUCACCUUCCGGUGUGUGUAUGACCGCUCUGUUAUUCAAUUUGGCAACUACAGGAAGAAAUAACUCCAAAGCUCAGAACGUAACAGCCCUAUGUUACCACAUUUAUCACAUAAACCACGUUUACCACUCAUAUCUGUUUACCACAAAACAUAUUAUAGUCCGUGCAACAAAACCUGUAACUAACCAGCAAAACUUCAUACACUCUUUGUAGC